AUGGGUUGCGGCGGUGUGGAGAGACGGAGCCCAGAGUCGAGCAGCGCCAGCUCGGAACGUCGACCGGAGAUGGAGGGAGAUCAUAGCGGCCAGCCAGGAUCCGUUCUGAGGCAUGAUGAGAGCGGUGCUGUGUUGAGCCUCUCCUCGGUGGGUUGGCAUGGCCCAGUGAUGAACGGAGCCGUGGUGCCCGGUAGCCCGGAGCUGUCUUCCUCGUGCCCGCUGCCAGACUGGCGAGAGUUCUGUGAGCUCCAUGCUCGAGCCUCCGCGGCAGACUUUGCUGACAAGUUCCAGCGCUUUCUUCUGGAGAACCCGUGCUACGACUCGCCGGGCGCCGAUGCCAGUUUCUCGCAGCACUUUGCCCACCACUUCCUGGAGUGCUUCACCGCCGUGCUGACCCAGGCGAGGGAGAACCAGGCCGCCUCCCCGGGAGAGGACGGCUCCAACUCAGCAUCCAAGUACAGCAUCGUCCCCUUUCUAGGAAUCCAGGGUUGCCCGCUUUCGUACAGUCACGAUCUCUACCAGAGGCGCAAGGACACCGGGGCUUCGAGCGAAUCCCUGGACAGCAUGGACAGCGGUGGGGGAGGGAUAGACGGGGGAGGCGGCGGCAACACGGGCUCCAGGGGCCCCAAAAUGACCCACAAGGUGUCGGCUCUGGGACAGUCCCGCAGCUCUGAGGACGUGUCGGUCAGUCAUCCAAAGGCUCGUUUCAAGAAAGGCUUCUCCCUCAGGAACAUGAGUCUGUGUGUGGUGGACGGGGUGAAGGAGAUGUGGCACAGACGGGCCUCCCCAGAGCCCGAUGCUCCCUCCGGGACCAGGAGAGCAAACGGGGGAGGAGGAGGGGGAGGGGGAGUAGGAGGAGGAGGAGGAGGGGGGGAAGGGGCGGCAGGAGGAGAGAAGUGGUCCCAAAAGCUGCGACUUCCCAGGGGCUCCCAGGGCCACAAGGCCGAGCUGCUGGAAAUCCAGAGGGAGGGAGCGCUGAGGUACAUGGUGGCCGACGACACAAACUGUAUGGGUGCUGCUCUGUGGCAGAAGUGUCGCCUGCUGCUGAGGAAGACUAAGCGGGAGGAUGGAGGAGAGAAGUUCCUGCUGGAGUUCUACGUACCACCCAAGUCCUCAAAGCCCAAAGUGAGCAUCCCACUGUCUGCCAUUGUGGAGGUGAGGACCACCAUGCCACUGGAGAUGCCCGACAAGGACAACACUUUUGUUCUAAAGGUGGAAAACGGUGGAGAAUACAUCCUGGAAACCAUUGACUCUUUGCAGAAAAACUCAUGGGUUGCUGACAUCCAGGACUGCAUAGACCCAGGUGACAGCGGUGAUGACAUUGAGCUGGCGUCAUGUCCUCAUGGUCAGACCUCUAAAGACUGCUCCAUGGUGGCCUCUUGCAGCUGUGAGCUCCUGUCCGAGGGUGUGUAUCGUGCCCCGGAGAGGCCGUGUCCCACGGCGGCAGAGCACUACAGCACCCCCUCAGUACGCUGUAGGGAACCUCCUUUCACCCAGCAUCCAUCCCACAUGCCUUUAGAGCGCUUCCUUCAAUCCCCGGAGGCCCAGAGCUCCAACUCUUCCGCAGGUGGCGGCGACGGAGCCAAAGAGUCAAAUGGCGAUGCCAGUUUGGUGGGGUACCCUUGGUUCCACGGUACGCUGUCUCGUGUACGAGCGGCUCAACUGGUGCUUGCGGGCGGGACCAGGAGCCACGGGCUCUUUGUGAUUCGUCAGAGCGAGACGCGGCCCGGCGAGUAUGUGCUCACCUUCAACUUCCAGGGCAAAGCCAAGCAUUUGCGUCUGUCGGUGAAUGAGAACGGUCAGUGCCACGUCCACCACUUGUGGUUCCACACGGUAUCGGAUAUGUUGAGACACUUCCACGCCCACCCAAUUCCUCUUGAGUCAGGAGGAUCAGCUGACAUCACAUUACGCGCCUACGUGCAGGUGCAGAGAAGCUCCACCACAGAUGUGACCGUGCCUCCAGUCCUCACCCCUCCCAGGGAAGCAGUCUGCAGGACAGAUUCCACACCGCCAGCUCUUCACCCGCCCGGAAUCCCGGCGCCGCCCGGGCCUCCUUCUGAAGCCCCGCUCGUGUCCAGCACCUCCUCCUCACCCACCACCCUCCCGUCUCUCUCCAGAAGCGACCCGGGUACCGGGGGAGGACUGCAGAGCCGCAGCAACAGCUCUGAGCGCCUGCUGGAGGCCUCCAGCGGGACCUCUGAAGACUACCACGACGCAGACGGGGCUCGCAGGGCCCGCGCUGUUGAGAAUCAGUACUCUUUUUACUAAACAAACCAGAGCAAGGUCGACUCAGAGGUUUUUUCUGACUGAAGGCGAUGCAAAAAAAUGGUGACACAGGCGCUCGGUGCAUGAGGCAAACGGUCCAAGUCACUGGAUCACACAUUAUUUUGUCCAUUUGUUGUUGUUUCUUGGAUGUCAGAAGCAAGGGAAGUUGACGCCAAGGAAGCUGCGAUGUACAAAGGUUCACAGUGAACAUAGUUGUAGGCAGAGAAGGCCAGAGGAGGUCAUCCAGUGGAAUCAUAUGGCUUUAAUUCUCCUCUUCUAAGGAUUUCCUGUUCACCCUUACCCACAGUUCCCUGGGAGAAGAGUUUAUGUCACUAGUCUUCUGGAGGACUGAGAGUUUGAAAUUGACCGAAGAAACAGUCCCCUCCUGCUUAGCUCCUCUGGGCUCUUGAAAGCAUCCCGUAAAUGUUUGUAAAGCUGCCUUGAAUCUGUCCCGGAUAUCCUCCUCACAGUCCCGGUGGGUUUUCCCAUUGAUGUCCAGCUCUGGGUAUUUUCUUUUAUGCUAACAUCAGUACAGUGAUGACAUGUGUUGGUGUUAGUUUGGAGAUGCUUUUCUGAAACAUGUACAGCCUGAAGGGUCUCAGUGCCUGACAGUUAACUCAGACUCAAGUGGACCGUGGUCAGUAGAAACAAAGAUGGUGAUGUUGACGUCUUACAUCAUCACAAAAUGUGUCAACGGGAAUAGAGUCGAUCCAUCUAUUAUCGGGCACUGCUCAAAACAUACUGAACAUGCAUAUCACCACGAUUAAAUAGUUUUACCCGUCUUACUGAUGACACCGCGUACACACAGGCGGUUCUGUGCUGCAGAUAUCUUUAAAACACUUUCCACGGAGAGGACAAAGAGGCACCUGUGUUGUUGUUCUACUGGGUUAUUACUAUGAAUGUGUGGUUGUGUUUUAGAGUCCCAAUAUUUUUUUCAGUGGUGUGUGUGCUGCAGCAUUGUUUUUGAAACAUGUUCUGGGUUCCUCCAUCUGGGGAUUGUUCUAUAUCCACACACAUCACUCGGAUAACCAGUAGAUUAGAUACACUGUUAAUAGAGAUUACCUUGAAGUAAUGCCUUGAAGAUAGGACUAUACCAAAUCCAGCAUUAAUCCGAUGGACACAAGUUUUUGAAUCGUGGCAGUAUUGUGUACUCCUUUAUGUGGCCUGCAGGACAACUGGUGGGUUUGAACCAGAACAGUUUGAAACUCAUGGGGUACUGGGUGGCCAUGCUUGAAUAAAAGGAGGUGAAAUCUACUUCAGGCAGACUCAGUAAUUAGCUUUUUUAUGCUAAUUGCUAGAAAGAAACUCUGAAAUAAAAAAAAAUGUCAAAAAGAAGUAAUGAAGGUAGGAUAAAAGAAUGAUAUAUUGUUAAAGGCCAUAAAAGUACAUUUUCACUCUUGAGGUAAAUUGACUUUUUUUGCAGUUUUGUUCUACCCCUUGAACAUUUUCCAGAAGGAAGUCUUGUGCUCACAAGACUUCAAUACAGUCCCCUGUUUUUCAUUAAAUGGCCUCUAAUGUCUUAUAAUUUGUAGUUUUGAUAACAUAUCAGAUGUGUUAGAACCUUAAAAGUAAUACAUUUUUACAGGCUGAAUAAUUGGCAACUUUAAACAGUUGAAUAUUCUAACAAUUUCCCUUAUAUCAUUUAGUGGACAGUCAUUCUUGGUCAACAGCAGUAGCACACGUAAAAUUUAGAAUUUUUAAGAACUAAUAUGACUACAAAUGUUUACGAAGUUAUAACAAAAAAUAAAUCCUUCACAAAGUAGCAAUGACCAUCUAAAACAAAAUAAUUAAUCUUUUUGCAACAUGUAUAAAUGGAAGUAUUAAGAACAAGUAUUACAGAAGAAUUUACGUAGAUAGUUUCAUGUUAUUAUGAAGCAGCGUCAUGAGGAAAUGAAAUCUUCUGGCAAUUUUGAUAAUAUAGCAAAAAAUAGUGCCUCCUGUUACAGUUCCUCUAAAGUUUGUUGACAUAAUUUCAUUCACAGGUCGUUCCAUUUUUCAUCAAAACAAAGAAUUGUACCUGCCCUUUUGUUUUAAAGCAAGUCAAGCAGCAGAAAGCAUCCUGACGGACACAUUUCACACCACUGCAAACAGAAAAGAAGGCGUGAAACAUAUGCAACACUUUUACUCAGCAGGAAUAAACAUAUCAAAGACAAUGCACCUGUCUUCUCAAGCAUGGCCUCUCAGGAUUCAGGGCGGUUUCAGAAUCAGAGGGAAUGAAUCAGUUCAUGUGCCAAUAUGAAUCCUAUUUUUCAAACAUAUUAUUCCUCAGCUGCUGAAAUGUACUUUUUUCCCUAUUGUCUUAUUUAUAUACAACUGAUUCUUCUUGAUGAAAUUUCCAUGGUGGAAAUUGCUGGUUGCAAAGGAACCCGUCCCACAUAUCACAGAUCAUGCUUAUAUCUCCUUUUUAUUUUCUUUACUCUCUAACAGCUGAACUUUCUGUUGUCUGACUGAGUUUUGAAGAGUCUGUGCAAUUUUGUACAAAGUGAUGUACUUGACAUACUACUUUAUAUUUCUGUGAAUAAAAUGUGAACAAGC